AUGAAAAGCUUGUACCAAAGAGAUGGCCAUUCAUUUUCCAUUCCCAUCCUUGCAUGAUCCAGACCGCUCAUAAGAGGGUAGAACUCAUUGUGAUAAUUUGGGUGUUUUGUACAGAGAACACGCGUCGAUGGUUAAUUCAUCCAUUACUGUGCACAGUGGAGAUUGAGAGCGAGCGAGCAGGAAUCGCGGAAGGAACACGGUGUUUCUUUCCUGAUUUGAGAACCGAUUGGACGGCUUUGUGGAUCAGUUGCCUGGUAAAGGCUUCCUUAUCUUUCUUUUAUCCGAAAGGGAAAGAAACGUAUGUUAGUUGAAAUUGUUGAUCCUUAGAUCACUGUCAUUUUGUCCUUGCUCUGGCGAAGUCAAGAGAAUUCAAGACAUAUACAAUUUGCUCACUAUAUUUUCUUUCAAAUCUGAAUCCUCCUUCAGAGUUACUCCAAGACUUUUAAAGGGCUGGUCCUCUGAGGGGCUGGCUUUCACUGCUCAAUCACGGCUUUAAGGCAAGAGUCUUGUGUCAAAAUUAGAAGGAACAAAGAAUACAUGCAAGCUUUCCCUAAGUUCUUGAUUGCAUCCCCUUCAUUUCACGGUGGGCGUGGUGCCCUGCCUUCAGCUGGUGGGCACCCAGCGGAUCUUACCUUCCUUGCUGGUGGUGGUUACUAAGACAAGCCUUCGACUGAGCGGCAUUCCUUGUCACUGGAUUGUCCCGAGAAGUUAAUAUACUGUAUACAGUUUGGUAGUUUGAAAUCACCAUUAAACAUCACUCUAAGAAUGGUUCAAGCGAAGCAGAUCGAGGAUGAGAAUUUGUGCUCAAAAUAUACGGAAAAUGAGCUUUUAAAAACUCAGAAGUCAUGCAUCAACGGUAUUAGAUUACCUCUUUAUCAAUUUGGUAGAAAUUCUCCUUUAGAUGACAUUUCCUUCAAAGCACCUUCAGACGUUCCUCUGGAAGAACAAACCAUAUUGGAGUCUAUACUUCUUGCCAAGUGGGAAGAGAAAUUGUCUGAAGGCCAUUUUAGAUAUGAUGUGACUCUAUCUGAAAUUAAGGCAAUCGUGGGCCAGAAAAAGUUCCUUGCUCAGCUGAAUGGGAGCUGGACCAACCCUUCUCUGUCACAAUAUGAAGAGAUAAGGAAAUGCGAUCACGGAAGUCUAUUUCAAACUAAUUGGUUGAAGUGCCCAGAGGAAUUGCUCUUUUGUAUUUCACGUGGUGAAAAUAAUGAAUCCAAGCUUAUUUCUGCUUCUCUAGUGCCCACUAGUUCCAUCCUGGUUAUGAUCAACGCAACUCCUGUGGAGUAUGGUCAUGUUAUCUUGUUGCCCUGUGCUGUCAACGGUCCACUUCAAUUCCUAGAUGACAGGUCUUUGGAAUUGGAAAUGCUUUUGAGGCUUGCUGUUGAAAUUAAUAAUUUUGCCCUCUGCUUAUUCUAUGAAUGUUCUACUCCCAGGACUGCUUGUCCAUAUUUUCAGGCACUGUUCUUUUCCAGCCUUUUACCUGUGGAGGCCAUGGCAGUUGAUACCUUCUUUAGUGAUAGCUUGGGGGGAAUUUAUGUUUCUACUAUCACAGAUUACCCUGUUAAGGCCCUCUUAUUCGAGAGCAGCUGCAACUUGAAGAAAAUGGGGCAGGUUAUUGCAGAGAUAUGUUCUCAUUUACAGGAGAAAUGCGUCCUGUAUAAUUUGCUGAUUCGUGAUUGUGGCAAGAAGAUUUUCUUAUUUCUUCAGUCGCAAGGGUCGGACAGAUCUUCCAUUCUUUCACCUUGGGAAUGUUGGGGUUACUUCUUGUUCAAAUCAAGGUCUGAAUUUGAUCAGGCAACUGAAGAUGCCCUGCUCGAUCGGAUCGCUGCUGCUGCUUCCUUCGACGAUGCAGAAUUUCAGGGCGUGAAGCAAUUCUGCUGUGACGUUGCAGGUAAAGUUUCUUUCUGAUUCUCUGCUAUUUCAUAAGCCGUUGUGGAAUGCUUCUGAUUCUAUGUAAAUUUGUGUGUAUGAACUCAGCUAAAUUUUCGUUUUUGUCUAAUGAACUUAUGAGAGAUACACAUGCAGAAUUCUGUACUGCAUAGUUCUAUAAGUUACUUGGAUGUAAUAUUAAUGACAUUUAUAUAUUUGUGUACCGGUGAAUAAACAUAUUAUGAUGUACAGUUUUCUA